CGGGAGAUUCUUCACUAAUACUUGCUUUGGCACCCAGACUCAAGACGUUCCCUUUCCAGCUGGUGAGAGUUCGAACACUGCAGCAAUGUCUCCACCGGGUGUGUGUAUGAACAUCAUCAAUGCCCGUCACAUAAAGGAUGGCUAUGGGACCCUUUCCAAUCCUGAGCGGUUUCUCAACCAAGACUUUGAGCAGCUGAAACAGUACUGUACUAUCAAACGGGUAAGGUACAUUGAUGACAUGUUCCCCCCUGACAAAAGGUCCAUCGGCGAAGGGAUACUGAGCUCUUCUGAACUGGCUAAUGUGGUGUGGUUGAGACCAACGGUUAUGGUUCCCAAUCCAUAUUUUCAAAUUGAUGGGCUCUCCAGGUUUGACUUUGGUCAAGGCUUAGUCGGAAACUGCUGGUUUCUGGCCUCUAUCGGAUCUCUGACGUUCCAGAAAUACAUUCUUGAGCAAGUUGUUCCUCCUCAGCAAAACUUCGAUGACAACUACUGCGGGCUGUUCCACUUCAGGUUCUGGAGAUUUGGAAAAUGGGUGGAUGUUGUCAUUGAUGACAAGCUACCAACAAUUAAUGGGCAACUAAUCUUCGUUCGCUCCAAAGAUCCAACCCAGUUCUGGCCUGCUUUGCUGGAGAAAGCUUAUGCCAAAGUGUGUGGUUCCUACUCGGACAUGAAUGCUGGAACUCCUGCCGAGGCUUUGGUGGACUUCACUGGUGGUGUUCAUAUACGUGUCAAUCUGCCAGAUCCUCCCUCAAACUUGUGGGAAUUGAUGUACAGGGCUUGUCUCUCCAAGUCACUGAUGGGCUGUGGUACACCACAGGGGAACACAUCUGCCAACACUGUUUUACCAAAUGGAUUGGUUCAAGGCCAUGCCUACGCUGUCACAGGUGUGAAACAGAUGAUGAGCCAAGGGAAACUGGUAAACCUGGUGCGUUUGUGGAACCCCUGGGGCACAGGAGAGUGGAAUGGAGACUGGAGUGAUUGGUCAUCUUUGUGGCAAACUGUGAGUCCUCAAGAUCGUGAGAUGUGCCUUUCAGUGCGUAAUGAUGGGGAGUUCUGGAUGACACUGGAAGAUUUCUGUAAAUUCUACACAGAUCUUGACAUCUGCGGCCUGUGUCCCGACUUCCUUGAUGGAAACUCUUCCUGCCACUGGAAAACCUCCUUCUAUGAGGGCAGAUGGGUUGCAGGAACAACUGCUGGAGGAUGCAUGAAUAACCUCGACAGUUUCUGGACUAAUCCACAGUACCGGGUCAAGAUUAUGGGAUUACUUGAUGAAUGUUCGGUUAAACAGGGUGAGAAAAACGUGCUGGUGUCUCUCAUGCAAAAGCCGGACAAGAGAAACAGGCGCCUGGUCCAAAACCUCCACAUUGGAUUCUCUGUAUUUGAGGUGACCGAAGAAUACAAGGCACAGAGGGGGAAGUUUCCAGCCUCUUUCUUCAGCAGAAAUGUACCUGUGGCCCAAACUAAAACCUUCCUGAAUGGACGUGAGGUGAUGGAGUUCCUUUUGCUAAAGCAUGGUGAAUACGUGAUUGUGCCGUCCACCUUCAGUCCCAAUGAAACAGCUGGCUUCAUCCUGACCAUCCUCUCCAAGGCAGAGACCCACGUUCAUGAGAAUUCUGCUGUUGAUAAUCACGUACAAAGGGAAGCAGAAGAGCCCAUGCAAAUCAAAAACGUAGAGGAUGACGACAAAAAGAGAAGCUUUUUCCGUCAAUACUCUGACAAGUAUGAAGAAGUGGAUGCUGAGCAGCUCCAAAGGCUUCUAAAUGAAAACAUUCUGAAAGGAGACUUGAAAUCUGGAGGCUUCAGCAUUGAUGCCUGUCGCAGCAUGGUUGCUCUGAUGGAUACAUCAAUCACUGGCAAACUGAACGGUGAGGAGUUUGUUCGUCUGUGGAAGAAGAUCCUCGCAUACAAGGGCAUUUUCUUCUGCACAGAUGUUUCACAAACAGGGACGCUGUCACUGAGUGAGCUGAGGAAUGCAGUCAUGGCUUCAGGAAAGAUUAUCAGAGAUGACAUGCUGAAUUUGAUGGCUCUGCGCUACGGUGCCUCCUCUGGCCAAAUUACCCUGGAGAGCUUCAUCAGUCUAAUGCUUCGCUUUGACUGCAUGAACCAAAUCUUCAGCCAGUUGUCUGAUGGGACGAAAAUGACUCUUUGGGAAUCAGAGUGGAUGUACCUUUCGAUGUACACCUAAGAGAAGAUGGACUGCAGGAUUCAUACGGAUUUACAGCAGUAAAGUACACAAAAGGUGUAGCUCCAAAUUAGCUAUUACAUGGUAUUAAACAAGGUAUACAUUUCUAAAUUUGCUAAUAUUACGAGUGUAACAAACAUUGUGUCCUACCCUCUGCCUUUUUGCU